AAAAUAUUUAAUUUUCUAACUAUGCCACUGACUAACAUCACAUUACAUUACAUUUUCAAUUAAAAUGAUUUUGGACAUAAAAUCCAUCUUAGGGUUUAGAACUGAAAUGUUUUGCCUUAAUUAGGGUUUAGAACUGAAAUUUUGUUGAAGCUAGCAACACACCGUCGGUAGCAAUAAACAAAGCUGGCAAGGCAUUGCAUAUGACUCUUUCAACAUCCGAAAUAAAUGGCCCCAAAACAAAAAUAAAAAAUAAAACAAAAAAAAAUUUACAACUACAAAUUACAUAUAUAGUAAGUUCGUUUACAAAACCCCAACAAUUUUCUAUAAUUAACCAAACCAAACCUAAAACCAUAAUUUAACAGUUAGCCAAAGUUUCAAACCAAAUAUUUGCAAUUUUUUUUUUUUUAGUUGCCUAACUGUCAAGGAACAUGAAGUUUAUCGUAUAAUUAACUAAUUAACUGCCUUUGACGAUCUCUUUCAUAUUCUCCCUUCGACUCAUUUUUUCCCAAAUCCAAUUAUCUUCUACUUCUCUUCUUCCUACCGUUUGUGGCCAUUCCCCAUUGUUGUCCUCUCUAAUGGGUGGCCAAAAUUCAAAGCUCACACCAGAAGCCGAGGCUGUGCCUCCUCGAAUCCGUUCCCUCUUGCAGAGGCGCUUCGAGGAGAUGAAGAGCAGGUCCAAGGCACGAAAGCUAAAAGCCGCUAGUACUCUCUCCAAGAAACAGCUACUUAAGGACGGUGAUCAGGAGGAGGUUGAUAACUCUCUCCCUCAUUCGCUGCAGUCAUCACCAGAGUCUGACAAAUUAACACGUCCGAAGAUACCACCAACAUUGGAGAACCAGUCCAAGGUUGCACCAAUUUCGCCGGAACGUGACAAAGGCACAAAACAGGCUGAUGAUGAGAACCAAAACAAGGAGCAGAUCAAGAGAGAUGGAACGGAAUGUAGCGUUGAAGAUCAUAAAGAACCAAAGGGUGUGAAUGUGUAUGUAGGAGGGGUUUUUGCAAUGGAGGACACCACAGAGGGAGAAGAAGAGGACGAAGAUAAUGAAGGUGGUAUUAGAAGAAACAACGAAUUUUUUAUGUGCCCCGCGUCACCAAGUUUUAGAGUUUAUUGCAUGGAAGCUCUGGAAAUUGAAAAUGAUAGCAGCAAGUAUGACAGCACUACAGAUGAGGAUAUCAAGCACAAGAAGUCGCCAAGUGCUGCGUCUGCACACAGCAAUGUUGAUAGCGUAGCGUCAAUGACUGAUCACCAUGAUGGCCAGGUAACAAAGACAAAGAAGAAAGGAAGGAGAAGGAGAAGAGUAAAAAAUGGCUUCGGCGUAAAGAAUCUAUUGAACAUUAAAGGAUGCUACUACCCAGGUUGCAGUGGUGGCCAAGACAGAGCCACCUAUCUGGCCGAGAAAUCUGCAGCCACUUGAUCACGCUAGGAAUUGUACGCUUGAUAUACAUUGUUGAUCCAUUCCCUAAUAGCGGUUGGGGUUUAGUGGCUGUCCAACAUAUGAUAUCAGGGCUGCGGUUCCAAGAGGCCUUCAGUUCAAAAUCUCCAAGUCCCCACAAGCCACUAAUCACACCUGCAGGAUGGGAGUUGCACCUAUACUGUCGUGCAGGAUGAAGCUGCGUGGAAGAGAACGUGUUGGCUUGAGUGAUUGUCCAUGAAGAUGAGCAAGAAGAGUGAUAGUAUUAUUUUCGUACUUUUCCUUCGGAUCUCUUUCUUGUUCUUGGCCAUUGAGAUUUUCAAUUUCCUGCAAUUCUGGGCCAUGACUCACUAAGGACCUAAGGGGAUGAACAAAAAUAUUAUGCAAUUUUUUACUAUUUCUACAAUGAUAUAAUCCAUGCAUGGAGGUUGCAGACAAGCGACUAAAGGUGGUGAACAAAGUUACUUGUCUCAAAAAACUCAAAUAUUUCAUUCAAAAUUUCAACUACCACUUUCGAGGAGAGUAAUUCAAAUUUUGGCAUAGGACAAGAGGGCGCCUAACCUUAUUCUAAACUACUUGAAUUCACGGAGGUGAA